AUUAUCAUUAUUUUGGCCGAUGAUAUGGGUUUUGAUGAUGUCAGUUUUCGUGGUGGUCGUGAAUUCUUGACACCCAACAUAGAUGCCUUGGCCUAUCAUGGAAAAAUAUUGAAUCGUCAUUACACACCUCCCAUGUGUUCACCUUCUAGAACUGCCUUACUUACAGGACUUUAUCCCAUACAUACGGGUGCUCAGCAUUUCUUACUUUUUAAUGAAGAACCAUGGAGCCUUUUGGAAGGCCAUCAGAAUAUGGCCAAAAUAUUGCAACAAAAUGGUUAUUCCACCAAUUUGAUAGGCAAAUGGCAUUUGGGUCUGGGAAGUCGUAACUUUACACCCACCUAUCAGGGGUUCGAUUAUCACUAUGGCUAUUGGGGAGGAUACGCAGACUACUAUAGUCAUAGCGCAAGAAUGGAAAUAAACUCUAGUCUGGGCUAUGAUUUUCGACGUAAUUUGGAUAUAGUAUGCCCUGAUCCCCAUGCAUAUGCCACGGAUUUGUUUACAAAGGAGGCAGAAGGCAUCAUUUUGGAGAAUGCAGGAUCGAAGCCUUUAUUUUUAUUUGUUUCACAUAUGGCCCCACAUGCAGAGAACAACGAUGAGCCCUUAAAAGCACCAGCUGAGGAAAUUGAAAAGUUUUCUCACAUACCGGAUAGAAAAAGGAGAACUUAUGCAGCUAUGGUCUCAAAAUUCGAUGAAAGCAUAGGAAAAAUUGUUAAAGCUUUGGCCAACGCCAAUAUGUUAAAUAAUUCCAUUAUACUAUUCUAUUCUGAUAAUGGAGCACCUUCGAUGGGUUCAUUUAACAAUACCGGCUCCAAUUGGCCUUUGAAAGGGCAAAAAAAUACACCCUGGGAAGGCGGUGUGCGUGUGCCUGCUGCCAUAUGGAGUCCGUUGCUGCGAAAUCGUGGCUCGUUAUACCAGCAACCCCUCUAUGUAGGUGACUGGCUGCCUACUCUGGCUGCAGCAGCCAAGAUUGAUUUAAACCUUACACUGGAUGGCCUUAAUAUGUGGUACGAGUUAAAAAGUAGUACAACUCAACCGCAUGAUGGGCAAAGGGAAAUUCUUCAUGUCUUAGAUGAAAUGACGAAUUUUACUUCCUAUAUGAAGGGAAAAUAUAAAUAUAUAAUAGGAACAACUUUUAAUGGACAAUACGAUGGAGUAUUACGUCACAGAAAUUUAAAGGUCAUCGAUCCAAGGGAUGAAUCAUAUGCCAAAGUUAUACUGUCCUCCUUGACUUCACAAGUUUUACAUAGUUAUGAUGAGGCACCCCUAACGCCAGCGAAGAUACAGUUAUUGCGUAGUCAGUUGGGAAUAAAAUGUGGCAGCCAGGCUUCUAGUUGUGGAUCCUUGAAGGAAGAAUGCCUUUUUAACAUUUGGUUGGAUCCUUGCGAGCAAAAUAAUUUGGCCCAUCAACCCAAGUUUGCAAAACUCUUAAAGCAAAUGCGUGCAAGAGUUGAGUGGCUUAGAAAGGAUGCCGUAAAACCCAAAAUAGGUGGAUCCCUGGCCGAAUAUGAUCCUUCGCGUCAUAAUUGUAUGUGGACCAAUUAUUUGGAAGAACCUCCAACAGAAUAUACUUUAAAAUGUGACUACAAUUCACCAACACCAUUAUGUCAGGAUAAUAUCGAAUCACAACCAGUCGCCAGACUAACAAAAGAGGAAGAGACAGUUAAACCAGAGGCAUCCUCAGCUCGUCCCCAGCCUUUAUGUAAAGGUGCUGUUUCCGAUUCAGAUUCAGACAGCGAUAGUGUCAAUGAAACAGUCCUCGCAGCCGAAUCAGGAGAUUAG